UGCAAGGUGAUUAACAUGCAUGCAAAUGCACUGGUGCACAUACACACAUCUGUGUGUGUUAGUGUGUAUUCCUAAGCCAGAAUACAGAGCAGCACGUGGCUCUGGUCAGCUGCCUGUUAGUUGUGGUGUAAUUGAGUUCACAUGAGCAGCUGAUGGGUCCCAUAGCAUUUACAAUCAGCAGCAGAAUCCCCAAACCCUGUCCCGUGUCUCUGUUUUUACCCCUCCUUUCUCUUCUCUCGUCUCUUCUUUUUAUGCUGUCCUUAACUAGCUCUUGCCCUCUGUCUUAUUAGAGAUCACAUUUAGAAUUCUACACUGUCUCCUGCCUCCACACUCAUGGCUCCGGAGAAAACCAGUGACGGAUUGGACAACUAUGCAUUUACUGUUGAUGGUGUAGACCAUUUCUGUGAAUUACCGGAGAAUGAAAAUGGAAGUGAUCGUUUCUCAGAGGAGGGAGACAGUGGCAAGCUGGCAUAUUGUGUCACUGAUAUUCCACCGUGGUACCUUUGCAUCUUUUUGGGAAUUCAGCACUAUCUUACAGCUUUUGGUGGCAUCAUAGCCAUUCCUCUGAUACUGUCUCAGGGCCUCUGUCUACAACAUGACAGCCUCACGCAAAGUCACCUAAUCAGCACUAUUUUCUUUGUGUCUGGGGUGUGCACCUUACUGCAGGUCACUUUUGGAGUGAGGUUACCCAUUCUCCAGGGUGGAACUUUUACUCUCCUGUCACCCAGCAUGGCUUUGCUAUCAAUGCCUGAAUGGACCUGUCCAGCUUGGACACAGAACGCCAGCCUGGUCAACACCUCCUCACCUGAGUUCAUUAAUGUUUGGCAAAGCCGAAUGCAAGUGCUCCAAGGCUCGAUCAUGGUGGGCUCCCUAUUCCAAGUGCUAGUGGGAUUUUCCGGUCUAAUUGGCCUCUUCAUGCGUUUCAUUGGCCCUUUGACCAUUGCACCAACUAUUUCACUAAUCGGCCUAUCACUGUUUGACUCCGCUGGCAUGAACGCGGGACACCACUGGGGCAUCUCUUCCAUGACGACAUGUUUGAUUGUGAUUUUCUCGCAGUAUCUUCGCCAUAUUUCCAUCCCCUUCCCCAAAUACAGCAAAGCCAAGAAGUUUCACACCAGCAGGAUUUACAUAUUUCAGAUUCUGCCUGUCCUGCUAGGAAUCUCUCUGUCCUGGUUGAUUUGCCACCUUCUGACGAUCUACAAUGUCCUGCCCUCAGACCCUGAUAAAUAUGGCUAUCUAGCUCGAACUGACAUUAAAGGAGAUGUUAUGGGCAGGGCGCCUUGGUUCAGAUUUCCUUAUCCGGGUCAAUGGGGAGUGCCAACUGUUAGUCUGGCAGGAGUUUUUGGAAUCCUGGCAGGGGUCAUAUCAUCCAUGAUUGAGUCAUUGGGGGAUUAUCAUGCCUGUGCCAGAUUAUCUGGCGCCCCACCACCUCCCAGACAUGCCAUAAACAGAGGCAUUGCCAUGGAAGGCAUCGGGUGUCUGCUGGCAGGUGCCUGGGGAACAGGCAACGGAACCACCUCCUACAGUGAGAACAUAGGAGCCUUGGGUAUCACUAAGGUUGGCAGUCGCAUGGUGAUUGUGUGCAGUGGCUUUGUAAUGAUUAUAAUGGGAAUGUUUGGAAAAAUUGGAGCCAUAUUUACUACAAUGCCAACACCUGUUGUUGGAGGAAUGUUUCUGGUCAUGUUCGGGGUCAUUAUGGCUGCUGGUGUUUCAAAUUUACAGUAUACAGACAUGAACUCUUCGCGCAACAUCUUCAUCUUUGGAUUCUCCAUGUUCACUGGGCUUGCUAUUCCCAACUGGAUAAUGAAAAACCCCACAUCCAUAGCAACAGGAGUUGUUGAACUGGACCAUGUACUUCAAGUGCUACUGACAACCAGUAUGUUUGUUGGAGGAUUCUUUGGAUUUCUCCUUGAUAACACAAUACCUGGAACAAAACGUGAACGAGGUAUUAUUGCAUGGAACAAGGCCCACCAAAAUGAGUCAGACAACACCUUAGAAAGUGAUGACGUGUACGGGCUGCCCUUUGGAAUUAAUAGCUGCCUCUCCUCCUUCACAUGGACCAAAUAUGUGCCCUUCUGCCCUUCACACAAAGUCAGCAGACAGGACGACGCACCAACCAGUUUGGAUUCUUUAGACACCAAAACAGAGCCUACCAACGAUACACACAUUAUAGCGGGGGUGGCACUAUAGUCUGUGAUGGGGAUUUCCAUUUACAAACCCCAUGUACAUAAUUUAACUUUUAAUCUGAAGCACUGUGCAAAUAUAUCUCUCUAUAUUCAUAUAGCCCUCUAUGAAUCAUAUGUCACCAUAAUGUUAAUGUGAAUGAUUUUACUUCAGUUGUUAUUUUCAUCACUACUUAUUUUCACUGUAAAUAGUAUGUCUGAUAUGUAACCCAUCAUCUCAACUUUUUAUAAGUAAUAAAUUAUUAUUCUUCAUUUAGUAAGGAGGAUUUUUCUUUAUUUGCCAACCUGUGGCGUGCGGUAGUUCAAAUCAAUUGUGAAUCGGUUCGUUUGGACGCUUAUUCAUAAUAAACUUGGGGUGUUGUGCCCAAUUUUGACCCCCUGCCAAAUAAUUCCCCCCUCUCGUUCAAAUCGCUACCUAAUCCUAACCCCAACCCUAAUCCUAACCCCUCCUCCAAACCUACUCCUAAACCUACCAAUACUAGGGGGGUAAUAAUCUAGCAGGGGG